AACGGUGUAGCCAGAGAUUUUAGGGGUGUAUUUCCGAGUGGCGGGGUAUUCUGCAAUUACCUGAUUACCUAGGCCCUACACCCAAAUAGAAUCUUAUGGUGGUUUGAGACUGUCUUCAAUUCUUGAAAGUCUGUGUCAACCACAAUGAAUGCCAUCAGCAAAACAGACAAGAAAAAGGAUCAACCAGAGCUUCAUUCAGAGGUCAAACAAGACAUCAGAUGGUCCACACUAAUGAGAAACCAUGCAUACAUGCAUACGUGUGGCAUUUGCGGCAAAGGCUUCUCACAGCAAUGUCACCUUCAACGACAUCAAUGGAUCCACAUGAAUGAGAAACCCUUUGUUUGUGACAUUUGUGACGAAGCUUUCUCACAGAAAUGUCACCUUCAACAACAUCAGAGAGGUCAUGCUAAUGAGAAACCAUUUGCUUGUGCCAUUGAUGGCAAAGCCUUUGCGCAUAACAGCAACCUACUAAGACAUCAACAGAUCCACACUAAUCAUGCUGAUGAGAAACCAUUUACUUGUGACAUUUGUUGCAAAAGCUUCACCCAAAGUGGCCACCUGCAGCAACAUCAGAGGAUCCACACUAAACCAUUUGUUUGUGACAUUUGUGACAAAGCCUUCUCACGGAAAUGUCGCCUUAAAGAUCAUCGGAGGAUUCACACUAAUGAGAAACCAUUUGUUUGUGACAUUUGUGGCAAAGCCUUUACACUAAACAGUGACCUAAAACGACAUCAACGAAUCCACACUAAUGAAAAACCAUUUACUUGUGACAUUUGUGGCAAAAGCUUCACUCAAAGUGGCCACCUGCAGCAACAUCAGAGGAUCUACACUAAACCGUUAGCAUGUGACAUUUGUGACAAAGCCUUCUCACGGAAAUAUCUCCUUCAACAACAUCAGAGGAUCCACACUAAUGAGAAACCUUUUGUUUGUGACAUUUGUGACAAAGCCUUCUCACGAAAACGUCAGCUUCGACAACAUCAGAGGAUCCACACUAAUGAGAAACCUUUGCUUUGUGACAUUUGCGACAAAUCCUUCUCACGGAAAUCUCACCUUCAACAACAUCAGAGGAUCCACACUAAUGAGAAGCCGUUUGUUUGUGACAUCUGUGGCAAAGCCUUUGCACUAAAUGGUGACCUAAACCGACAUCAACGAAUCCACACUAAUGAGAAACCAUUUACUUGUGACAUUUGUGGCAAAAGCUUCUCGCAAAGUGGCAACCUGCAGCAACAUCAGGGGAUCCACACUAAACCAUUUGUUUGUGCCAUUUGUGACAAAGCCUUCGCACGGAAAUAUAUCUUUCAACGACAUCAGAGGAUGCACACUAAUGAGAAACCAUUUGUUUGUGACAUACAUCGAAGCCAGGGUAAAUCGAAGCCAAUUAGUGGAAUGAAUCAUAUGUGCACAGGCCAUUCAUGUAAAUCGGCAAAAUGAGGACUAACUACAUGUAACAGCAUAAGUCGGCCCUCCACGUAAGCUUGCGUGUAUGUUUGAAUGGGAUGGAUGGUUUAUGCGCCAGUCAACUAGACCAUUGAUCUCAACUUGCAUGUAAGUCAUCGUUGCCUGCAUCAUGGCCUGUGUGCAUCAUCUCCACCCCUGUCAACACAGACCCCAUCAUCAGCAAAUUCAGAAUCGUUACUGAUGGCUCUGUCACUAUCACUAUUUUCUUCUACAAUGAUGAUUGUUCUCUGGUCUAAACAAAUCUUCAUGUGUGUUGCUGCAUACAAGUCCCUAGCUGUGCCUGUCCAGUUCCUGUUCUGAUGAAGCAGCCUUCCCAGUCCAUGACUCUGUUCAGGUUUGGUGCAUGCAACUUGGCUCUAUCCUGUGUUUACUUUCCCUGCUUCAAGGCAGGUAAGUCUCGUAAAUUUAUUUAUGGAUUGGCCAACUUUCAAUGGCCAUUUCAGCACACUGUUCCCACUGAGGUAUACUUCACUAGUUUCAUGGUAAAAGGAGGGCAAAUCCAAUUAUUAUAUGCAGAGAUGCCACUUUUCUGGUUUUAGCAGAAUUUCUGGGGUUUUUUAAUCUCACAGAAUUCCGGUUUUUCCAGCCGUCAAAAUAAACUGGACAAAGAGAAGAAGAACUGGGGAAAUGCGUUGAUUUUUACUUUUUUAGCUUUUUUUAGUUUAGUACAAUUAGGUACACGCACAUACGGCACAAUGUCGCAUUAACGUUGAAGUAGUCUUAAAAACAAGUCUUGUUGUUAUCGAGCCUGUAUGCAAAACAGGCAGCCAACGCACUUGCAAGCAGUAUACAACGGCGCCUCGCGCGUGCUUCACGGCAUGCGGGCGUGUUGUGUGCUCAGCACCCCUAGCAUUCAGCCUGAAAAUCAAGUCUAUCAUUUCAGUUAUCGGUGGUUUCCAAUUGCAGUGGUAUAUGUAAAUACAAAAAACGCCGGGUACCAACCAUGUUUUCGUCUUACGCAUCGCGCAGUGCAAAGGUCAUGUACACAAACAUUGUUGUUGAAUCGUGCAUGUUUCGUGUCGCAUAUUACAUUGGAAAUUCGAGUAGGCAGAAUUAAUUAUAGGAAUAUAGAAAAAGUCAAAGUGAUUGAACAAACCGACAGCUUAUAGGUCAUAGAAGCAAAAAUAAAACAUAAAAUGGAAUUGGGCUUAGCUACACGAGAAAUAUGAGAAUGGGGACUUUGUUUUCACAAAAAAAAAAUAAAGUUCUGAUUUUUAAAGCAGCUGGUCUGUUUUGGGUUUUUUUUCAAGCAGACCCAGUUUCGGUUUUUUCAAGCAGACCCUGUGGCAUCUCUGUAUAUGGGGACAAAUCCUGAGCAAAACAAUCAGUGGCUUCACAGCCAGGAUUCCAAUAUCUAGAAUUGAAUCUGGUAACUGAGGAAUGUAAUAUGACGUGAAUCUGUCAACUAAAAGCAGCAUGAGUAACAACUGAAUUUUCGUCCCAAAAAGUUACACACUGCUAUUGAGUGACCAAUAAUCUGGACCAAUAGUCCUAUUCAAUCCAUCAAGACAAGGCUGCAAAAUGCCCUUGGCUCUUCAUGCAUGGUUCAGCAACCACUGUCUUUUCCAGUGAGUUCUUUUUAGGGGUGUGUGUAUACGGGUUUUGUUGGGACCUGGGUACCCGUGAUUAUUUUAAAAAUCAUAACAAAACCCGGAAUUAUUAUUUUUUUUCGACCACGUCGCUGCCCUCUCUACUGCCGAGCGUUUCUGAGAUUUUAACUACAAUCACUGCCUGCUAUCAAUUGUGAUCUCCAGUACAAACAUCCUGGCACAGCUAGUCCGCAAACCCCAAGUGCUGCCCAAUGCCCCAGUGACAAGAUCGUCAUCCAAUCCCAAAGUUCAGUUUAUAAAUUCUUCAUUUUCAUUAGUUGAUAAGUUGUGUCGCACAGAUAUUCUCAAAGGCCUUCGACAAUCCGAAAGCGUAUUUCAAAAGAAUUUUCCUUGGCCAAGUUAAGGUAUCUCCAAAAAAAUACACAUUGUGUUACACUGUACAAAUGCAAGUCAGCUGUCAAUCAUUGACCGGAAGCUCUUCUUGGAAGAAAUUUAUUUGAAAGACGAUCGUGAUUUUGUUCCCUGGUUUAAUAUAUUCCUCACUUGGCCCAGACUGUAAUUCUAGCUGUAAUUAACCCCAAGAAAAUGGAUCUAACAUUGAAUUACUGGGAUUAAUUUAAUAUGACUAAUAUUAUGGUUCUGGCAGUUUCAGGUAAUAAAAUUGAUAAUGGAACUGGGUACCUGUAAUCAGCGGCCGGGUUACAGAUACCCUGGUACAACCCUAGUUUUUCAUUAUUUGUAUUCUGUUCCGACAUGGUGUAAACAUACACCAGUGCAGCAGCAUAUACUGUUGGACCUUUACUAUGAUGUACAUGUACUCUGCUGUAGGCUUGAAUACCUAGAGGAAUUGAACAAAAUUAACCUUGCAAUUACUUGAAAACAGAAAAGUAAGAAAAAUACUUCGUUCCCAACUUUGAAGUCACGAAAUGCCUCAGAUUGCGUCAUAGAUCAUCUAGAAUCCAAAAUGGUUACAUGUACCUCGGAAAGAUCGGAAUUUGAGUAUAACAGUACACUUUUUAAUAAACAACAAAAUUGUGAAUUGAGACCUGUUCCAUUGAAAUUAAAAGAGCUACGGUACAUGUAUCUUCAAAAAGAAAAAACAGACGGAUAUGAAAUCUUACGUGCCGAGCUUUGUGUUUAGGAAAUUUCAACUGCAGUACAUACCUGAGCUAAAGUUUAUUUUGAUGAGCUCAAAUAAUCUCAACGUUUUGUUGAGCUCCUUUUUGUUCACAAGUGGCGGCCACAGCAUGAUUCCCACUGAGCCAGUUGCUUGGAACUACUCCAUCCUCUUCUCUGCCAUUCUCCUUCCACUCUGACUUUUGGUACCAGACAGCCAAAUAUUAUACGUGCAUAAAAAAAACUUGCUGCAGCCAUGCAAUUGAGUUAUGUACGCUCUUUUCAAUUAGUCAUGCACAUUGGGUCCAUUUUGUCAACGCAUUUGUUAACUAAAAGUUAUAAAUAAAAGUUUGGAAUUAAAUUGUCUUCUGUUAUAAGGUGGACUUGAUGGUUUUAUAACCAAGUGAGUGUACCAACAUGGAAUACUGUACUUACCUUUUAAGUCACUGUGUCUCACUCAUCUUCUGUGGAUUGCAGCCAGUCCUUCCAUUACCUGCUUGAGGCGGUUAACCCAGGGGAUUAACACCCAGCAGUCGCUUUUCCUUAAGGGCUUUCCACUUGGUCCUUGUCCCCCAGUAGUGGUGGGUCACUAUAGCGUAAGGCUGUUGCCGCUGGAGAUUGACAUCGAUCCAGAGGAGGAGAUGAAGGGAUGCUUCCAACAUCAAUAUCAUUCUGGCUUCCUUCUCUACAGUUCUGCAAAGCUCCUCAUCAGACAACUGUUCUGGAUUCAAUGUGGUCUUCACCACCACCAAAAUCCCUUUCUACAUCGACGUCACGCAUGUUUUGUGACAUGGGAAGUGCUUGAUGUGGUUCCGGAUGGUCUUUCAUUUUUUUUGUCCCGAAUGACAAGAUAUCAGCAUCAUUCCUCGUACAUGCAGUGAUGUCAUCUGCCAGCAUUGGACUGAUUACAUUUGUCUUCAGACGUUCAGUUGCCUUACCAUUAUAACUUUCAGGGAUCAGCAUUUUUGCAGUUAACUGUGUUCGGUGCUUUCUCAACAUUAUAUUUCUUUUGGCAUACUCUACCGGUAUUUGAUGUUUCCAUAAACCAUCUGUCUUGAAGCUACCCUGGCAACACUCACAAAGUAGGUAUUGGUACUCUGGAGCUGCUUCAUCUGCUGUUGGACGUUUCUGGGGAACAAGUUGCCCAGAGCAUCUUCUCAAACCAACAGAUUGUGGUGGAAGUAAUUUUUGUUGUUGCUAAGAACAGUGAUUUUUUGUUUUCUUUCUAUAGACUUCCAUGGGAGAGCUUUAUUUCACUGACUAGAUGUUUGUAUUUGUGUUUCAUUAAGCAAUGGUGUGCAACUUUUGCUUGUUCUUUUUCCCCGCAAUAUAAGCAGUAAUCUGCUUUGUUCCAGGACCGCUUUCCAUCUUUUUUGAAUUUUGCAACUUGUACACACCCAUGUUGCCCUAAUGCUGAUCUUGUAUGUUGCAACCCAGUUGACGAGAAAGGGUUACCAUCACUUUUUUGAAGCCCGCAACAACUAAAUCCUUUACUGCCUGACUGUGUUGCCUCUCAUUCUCUUCUGCCUCAAUUGAAAUGCAAUCUUUCAUUCAAUUCCUCAUCUCUUUCACCUACAAAUGUAGACUAUUACACUGAUCCCUUCUUGUACAUAGAUUUUCAAUGUCACGGUAUCUAACUACAAAACCUGACGUAAUAUUGAGGAUGGGUGGAGCUAUGUGUUUGGUAUCAUGAAUGAUAGGUAGGAUCAAUUGGUUGGCACUAGAGUUAUGGGGGAAGGGCCAUUUGCCUUGGUGUUACCACUCCUCCGUGGAUCUGCCAACUUAUCAGCUAGAUCCUGUACAAUCUGGUCUGGUUCAUGUCGUUUGUCUACCCAGCCCUCACAAGCAUCAUCUCUAAUUUAAGGAGAAUGGUUUCCCCACUUGCGGGGAAUGGAACACCAAAGGUAUGGAAGGCAAAGCUGGCUCCCAUAUGUCCUGUUACUUUACACAGAAAAUCAUACUCUCCAACUUGGGAGACACAACUACAGUAAUCAUUGAUGUUAUUUGUAUGUUAGGAAGUUGCUUCCUGAAAAUGGCAAAGACUAACUGCAUGUUGGCAUGUGUCUGACCCAUGAAACAUUCCUACCAAAUCUGUCUUGUCUGCUGAAUUCCCAUCUGUGUAGAACUACACACAUGUACUGCGAGCUUUGUACUGGAUUCCCCCUUGUCUCCCUGUUGAAAAUAAAGAAAAGGGAAAAUGAUUGUUACUUGUAUUUAAUGCAAGAAAACAACAAUUGACUAUCAGUAAUGCAUCAUUCCCCGCUUUAAAUAAACACACUUUUGUUUGGCAUAUCCUCCUGACAUUUAAGUCAUUUUAAUUUUUCAACAGGCUUAAAGUUAAACAAUUAUCGUUCACUUUUUCUAUAGCACAGCCGAUAUUUUUUCAUGCUAAAUUUCACAACAUGUAUGUUUUCUGAAAAAUAAUAGAGAAGCAAGUGUUUAGACAAAGUGUUUCCAAACAUGCAUGUUAUUCCCUUGCAACUUGCAGCCAAGCCAGCUAGUCUUUUUGUUCAUCUCACUUUUUAAAAGGUGUGCCCAAGUAUUAUUUUUUCAUAUGUAAUACAAGGUCACUAUAACCACAGUUGCCUGAAUGGCAUCUUCCAUUAGAUGAUUUGGAUAAAAUAAAACUUUCAAGGUAUUAGGAAUCAUCAAAAACUGAGACCAUAAUUUCCUGAAGCUGAAAUCUGAAAGGAAAAUUAGCACCAAAAAAGAAGACGAAAAGAAAGUGACACUUAGAAUUCUUAUAUACAUACAUGUACCUGUAUUUUCACCCAGAUCUCUCCAUUGAAGUUUGCGUUGUCCAGAUAUCUCCACUGGCUGCCUGUUGUGUGAUGAGACAUUGGAGAUGCUGCAGAAGAUUGAUGGUCACCGCAGUCAUAGAAACAGUGGGAGUCGGGGGCCCGCAGGCUAGCUGUGUAAAUAGUACAUCAAUCUAAUUAAUUAGCCUGACCAACUGGCGUGGCACUGUGGGAAGGUAUGUAUAACUUCCUACACACAUGCGCAAAACACAACGUUAUCAUUCUAAAAUGGCUGCAUAAGGUUCGGAGCAUUUCAUGUUUGGGGAUUUCAACUUGGACGAUUUCAGCGAGGUUCAUGAAACCACUUUUACAAAGAAGAUUGUACGCCGCUUAAAAUUGAGGAUGCCUUGAUAUCCUAUGUGAUGGUUUAAUCACAUUCCUCGAAUGCAUCUUGAAAUGCAGCAUUUUGUUGAGGGGAAGACGGAUACUUUCAGUCUCCAUUGUUUGUUGCAUCUUGCUGGUGAGCCCCUGGUUUUUAGGUAGCAAGGUUCUCUUCUGUGCCUGCGAAAGUGCAGCCUUGGCCCUGAGCUGUUUUGCAGACAGCAUAUCAUUCCUUGUUUUUGCAACAUGAUGAGGACACUUAUCCUUAGCUGAAAGCUCAAAGAAUGCAGAUCUAUACUUGAUGAAUCCGACGCACAUUGCAUCGUGGCUUCUGCACCAGCAGUGUGCACAUCUUAUGACGAAUGGUGGCAUUUGGGUAUGUGUGAUAAACAUCUCUGCCUGAAUUAGGCCCCUACUACAUGUACCUUCCAUUGAUUU